UAGGGCAACAAACAGCAGCGUACGCCGCCGGGGACAUCAAUGGUGGAGUACGCGUCUAUUCAGGGAAAGGUCUGAGAGAGACCACUACUGGGGCUUACAUGGAGAGCUGAAAGUGAAUAUGAGGCUAACGUCCUUAAUGAUGUACAUAUCUCCGGCUCUGCUAUUUAUUUUGUAUGUAUAUAUUGGAUGUUCUGAAGCUGCACCUCGCAUCAGUCCCUACGAUGCGUCGCCUAUCUCCAGGAAGCCCGGCUCAGCCUCCGACACCUGGGAGACCUUCUUCACCGACAUGCCUCGUUCUGUACCCGAGAGCAGCCUGGCACUCGGGCCUCUAGCCGGCCUCAACCCGCAGCCUGCUAUUGUUUCUGCCGGCCCGACCACCACUAGUUCUAUUUCGAAAACGGCAAACACCUUUCAGCCUCCAACAGCGGACCAGACCACCACCACCACCACCACCACCACUCCUUCUACUGCCGCCCCUGAUACUGGAAUAAUCAUAGCCACAAAAGAACAGUUAACUGCGCCGAUUUACCGAUUAAACGGCGCAAGCAAAAGAUCCACCGAUGCACAAGCCUCACUUUUCUCUCCGGAGAAAAGGCUGCAGACCAUGGUGUCCAUGGUUUCCCAGCGCACAGCCAACGAUGCCUGGGCAGCAGAUAAUAUUGGCACAUCUGUUACCUCAAUAGAGAAUAGUCAAGAGAGUGUGUGUAACUGCAGCAGUGGUGCUGAGGGGGUUCGGGAUCCGGACGACUGUGAUCACAACACGGGUCAGUGUUCGUGCCUGUCGGGCUACACUGGUCUGCAGUGUGAGGACUGUGAGGAGGGUCACUACACCAACGGCACCAGCGGCUGCAUGCCCUGCGCCUGCGACUCCUCCGGGGCCGUGAACAGCCUCUGUGACAGCUCAGGGAUAUGUGUGUGCAAGACCGGAGUGUAUGGACCAAAAUGUGACGAAUGCCACCCGGGGUUCUUCUACUUCAGCAGCACUGGCUGCCGGCCCUGCCAGUGUCAGAACCACACCAACUCCUGCCACCCACAGUCGGGAGUGUGCCUGAACUGCGAGGGCAACACCCAGGGAUCCAACUGUGAGGAGUGUAAGCCCGGGUUCUACCGCAGCCCGGGGGCUGACCCCCCCCAGGCCUGUGCACCCUGUCCCUGCUCCAACUCCACCUCCACCGGCACCUGUCAACCCGAUGGCAGCAGCCCCCCAGUGUGUGAGCAGUGCCUCCCCCGGUACAGCGGCCCGCUGUGUGACCAGUGUUCAGCCGGCUUCUUCAAAGCUGCUGGGCUGUGUGUUCCAUGUGACUGCAGUGGCAAUGCAGACCCUCAGGACCCCCCCCCCUGUCACCCCGACACCGGCCAAUGCCUGCGCUGCAUCAACCACACAGGCGGGGCCCGGUGCCAGCUCUGUGCCGAGGGCUUCAUCGGGGACGCUGGAGCACACAACUGCACCCGUCCAGCCCCCCGGCUCCUUCCCACACCGGCACAUAAAGCCACAACAUCCAGUCCAUCUUCCCCCUCCACAACCAUCACCACAACCACCACCAGCAUCACUUUGACCUCUGCCCAAUCAAAAGGCGUCCCAGCGUCCACGUCAGGCAGCAACAGCAGCACGGCGCUGAGCACCGCCUCCACCCAGGCGCUGCUGACCAGCCUGAGCUCCCCCACCGACAACACCACCGCCGCCCUGACAGACGUGUCCUGGACGCAGUUCAACAUCAUCAUCCUGGCUGUCAUCAUUCUGGUGGUGCUGGUGCUGCUGGGCUUCGUCGGAGGCGUGUACACCUACCGCGAGUACCAGAAUCGCAAGCUCAAUGCCCCAUUCUGGACCAUUGAACUGAAAGAGGACAACAUCAGCUUCAGCAGCUACCACGACAGCAUCCCCAACGCUGACGUGUCCGGCUUACUGGAAGACGAGGCCAACGAGGUGGUGCCCAACGGCCAGCUGGCCCUCACCACGCAGGGCAACUGCUACAAGGCUUGACCCAUCCGUCCCCACACCGGACCGCUUAGAUAUACCGAUGACACAAAGCUGCUGGAAAGUACCAAAUCCAAAGCUCCUUCAUGAAUGACUGCUUGUUGUUUCGCUGCGGGUCUGCAGCACUUCACUACACAGUGAGAUCAAGCAGAUGUGAUCAAAGAUAUGGAAAAGACACGCAGAGUUUUCCCUUUAUGAUACGAUUUUGUGUUGAAAGGGCGAUCAAUGACAAGGGUCCAAAGAGAAAAGUGUUUGGUUUGAGUUGCAGAGGGCACUGUUGUGCAGAUUACUUUGGUAUGACGUACGACAGGCUCAAAGCAGACAGCUGUUGGCUGAAACGAUGAUCCCCACAUUUGUCAGAGGACUAACAGGAGCCUAACAUUUCAGAUAUUUUAAAAAUUGACUUUUGACUGUUUAUGUUUUAACUGGAUCACUUGCACAGUGAUCCUCAACUGAGACAAUGAUUGUUAUUUAAUGAAUUUUUUAUUCUGUUCUUAUUUAUUGGUUGACGUUUCAUUCUUGGGAGAAAUGCUGCACAUGUAUGGUGUGUUUAUUCAUGGUGUUUUAUCUUAUGUGCUGUCGAACGGUAAUUUGAAUUGGCCAAUAUGUUUUCAUGUAUAGUUUGUGUGUUUUUGGAGAGAAUCAUAGGGGAAGAUGAAAGGUGCUGGCACAAGAAUUUGAAUGACCUCACUUAUUGUUUAUAGGUUCCUGUCUUUUGUUAAAGCGUGCCAGCUCACCUGAAGUAUCUACGAGGAGUGUUUCUUUUGAAGGAACUACCACUACCGUCUAUAAACUCCCACUACUACAGCUAGUGACUCAUACUGUGCCCGCAUAAACCACCAUAAUCUACUUGGAAUCUAGUCUGCGCUCUGCUGACUUCCUCAGCGAAAGUUAAACAAACGAUUGGAAAAUUGUUUCACAUUUAUGUAGAGGUUUGGUUCUGUGACUGAACAUUAAAAAGACCUCUACUCUAGUGUUGAUGCUGUUGCUAUGGAGUGAAACCAGCCUGCACAAGGUCAAAUUUCCUCAGCCCACUGAUCGUUUUGAUCAACUAAACUCAAGUUGCAUCACCUAAAAUUGCAAGUUGCUUUCAAAGCUUUACACCUGAUCCUGGGUCCAAUGUUUGCUGUGUUGUUAGGAUACCACUGGUUGGGUGCACUUCAUUUUAUGAAUGAGAAAAGCUAAUUCUGGAACUAACUCCUCAGGUACUGGCUCUUUCCCUAAUGUGAUCACUGUAAAUAUGAUUAUUGUACAGAUGAUUGUGAAUAGUAGCACUAUUAUUGUACAGGUAGAAUACUGUGUGUACACUGUCACUUAACAAGCUCCCAACCUUUCACCCUCCAGGGCAGGCACUGCAGUCGACCAUCAGCUUUUUCUAUUUUUAUUUGUAUUUCUUAUUCUCAGUGGAUUUUGCCAUAUACGCAGCUGCGGGACUAAAAUGCACCAACCAGAACUCAAAACAAAGAAUACAAUUAUGUAAAUAAUAACCCAAAUCAGAGCUCAAAUAAAGAUGGAUUUAACUGUU